AUGGUAUCACCACAUGGCUCUAAACUUCAGGAUUUAAUUUCUAGGGACAAGGAUCGUAGAAUCGAAUUGUUAGAAGAAGCAACAGGUCUGAAGAAAUGGAAUUUGACAAAAAGACAACUGUGCGACGUGGAGUUGAUUUUAAAUGGAGGCUUUUCUCCACUCGAUGGAUUUUUGUCAGAGACUGACUAUUUGAGCGUUGUGGAGAAUUUGCGAUUAUCUAACGGUCUUGUCUGGACGAUCCCAAUUACCUUAGAUGUGGACAAAGAGUUCGCGGACUCUAUAGCGUCAGGUGACAGGAUCACACUUUUACAAGAUAAUGAGAUUCCCGUGGCUAUUUUGACAGUUGGGGACAUCUACAAGCCUGACAAGCAUAAUGAAGCUAAGAAAGUUUUUAGAGGGGAUGAAGAUCAUCCUGCAAUUCGGUACCUUUUUACAGAAGCUGGAGAAUAUUACGUAGGGGGUGCGUUGGAUGCAAUUGAUCUACCAGUACAUUACGACUAUUUGGAGUUGAGAAAGACUCCUUCCCAGCUGAGAGCACAAUUUCAGAAUAAAGGAUGGGACCGUGUCGUUGCUUUCCAGACUCGUAACCCUAUGCAUAGAGCGCAUCGCGAACUGACGCUAAGAGCCGCCACAAGUGAAAAUGCCAAGAUCUUAAUCCAUCCUGUUGUAGGAAUGACGAACCCAGGAGAUAUUGACUACCAUACACGUGUCAGGGUCUAUAAGGAGAUCAUCAAGUAUUACCCUGACUCCAUUGCUGAGCUUUCAUUGCUUCCGCUAGCUAUGAGAAUGGCGGGUGAUAGGGAAGCUGUUUGGCAUGCGAUUAUUCGUAAGAAUUAUGGAGCAACGCAUUUUAUUGUUGGUAGAGAUCAUGCUGGCCCAGGAAAGAACUCAAAAGGUGUGGACUUCUAUGGUCCAUACGAUGCACAGGAGUUAGUGGAAUCAUUCAAAGCCGAGCUGGAAAUUGAACCAGUUCCCUUUAGGAUGGUAACUUACUUACCAGACGAGAAUAGGUACGCUCCAAUUAAUGAGGUGGAUACUACACAAACUAGAACAUUGAAUAUUAGUGGUACGGAGUUGAGACGCCUUUUAAGGGUUGGAGGAAAAAUACCUGAAUGGUUUUCAUAUCCUGAGGUUGUGAACAUUCUCAGGGAAUCUUAUCCAGCGAGAAAUAGACAGGGUUUCGCCCUUAUUUUAGGGUCUGAUACUUCUGGUCAGCUUCCUGUUGCAUUACUGUCUACAUUGUUACAAUUUGGAGGAGGCAGGCAUUACAAAAUAUUCGAUUACAAAGAACCUAAAUUUACGGACAUAAUCCCUGAUUUUGUUAAAGCUGGGGCAGGUUUGAUAGUGCAGGCUAAAGCCAAUUUUGAGAAGCAACUGGAGAACGGAUUUACUAUUGGUCCAAAAGAUGAUGCUGACGUGUAUGUAUCUUCAAGUGAGUCAAUUUUAAACACUGUGCAGAAGGUUAUUCUAUUCCUUCAAGAUAAAGGUUUCUUUGCCACUUAA